AUGAAACGCACUCGGAUAUCGGAGGGCUCAUGUUGGCAAUGCAAGAAGCGAAGGAUUCGAUGUGAUCUGACGAAACCCUCUUGUACCAAAUGCCAGGAGAGCAGUGAACAGGAAUGCUCGUACGGAGCGCCGCCUCUCAAGUGGAUUGGAGGAAUGGCUGUCAGAGGGCGCUAUGCCCCCCACCAACAACGAGUCGAAGGGGUCUGCACGCUUGCUUCACCACCCUCCUCUUCCUCGUCUUCGGAGACUUUCAGCUCUACGAGUUUAGUUGCGAGGCGGAAUUUUCCUGUCUCGCUUCCUCCUACGCCGGGGCUUACGCCGCUGGAAACUUCUUCGCUGUUUGAGUACUUUAGCGUUGCGGUGCUGCCUCGCUUUCAGGUUAUUGACGAACAUAUUCCUGUAGAACGCCACGUCGCCAAUAAAGACAAACCACUUCAGCAGGCAAUACUUGCGGUAGCCCGAGCCCAUCACUCUUUCCUGUCGAAAUCCAAUCUGGGUGGCAACGUAAUGGUCCGAAACACGGCCCGACUGGCCGCGAUUAACAGUUUUCGCAGGAGGCUUGAACAAGGGUCAGACACCAUUGCCCAGGACCUGUUCUGCAUAAAUGUCUUGUUCUGUGUGCUCGACGGCAUGAUUGCGCCCGAAAGAGAUCUAAACGCUUCCAUGUUCCAUCUGAAAGGAGGUUAUGCAAUGCUCGAACGAUGGCCCAAUACGGUAUCCGAUAUGCUCACGGAGAACAGUUUCCAAUCGCAUCUGCUAUCCGUAUUCACCACGAUGGAUCUGAUCCACGCGAUUCUCUCCGGCAGUAAACCCUACUUUGAACCCACAAUCUGGUCCAGGUUCGCCGACAAACAGGCCUGGUGGGGCAGACGACAAAGUAACGAUGCAUUUUUGGUCAUUCUUGAGGCCCACUCGCAGGUAGCCAUCCUCGGACAUGCCUUCAAAAGUGGCGGGGACCUACUACUGGUUACGGACGAUGGUCUCGACUCCGUGGAAGCUUUGCUUCUAGUCCCUACCACUUGUGACCAGGCUGAUUGGAAACACUUUUGUGACUUCUACGUCCUAUCAUGCUCCAUCUUCUUCCAACGGGUAGUGCGGAAGCGGGCUAUUCAAGAUGAAGUCAUACAGACUCUUKUUCGCCGUGGAGUAACGCUCUUCAAAGAAGUACUUCCUGGCAUGAUGAAUCAUUGCGUGGUAUUGCCCAUGCUGGUUAUCGGUGCUCAUAGCAUCACCGCACACGAUCGUCAAAUCGUGCGAGAGGCGCUGUCUCCAUCUCUUUCGUAUCUCUCGUUUGGGAACAUGGUGAUCAUGGCGGACUAUCUUCGAACUACAUGGCAGAAGCAUGACAUGGACGCAAACUGGUGGGAAAUGUUUCACGACAUCGCAGAUAAGGUCUUUCUUUUCUAA